CUGAAAGAAAUUAAAUCACAUCCUUAUCAAAGAACGAAGCAACUAAAGUUCUACGAGUAUUAAUCUAUUCAUUCUAUUCAUUCUUGUGUCGAUUUGGCUCUAUUUUUUUGUAAACUGCUCUGUUAUCCACCAGGUCAUUCCUGGCCAAGAAACCUCCAAACAUCCACACUCUGUGGACGAAUUUAUAUAUUUUUGUCAAUUUUGACCAUGACAGUCUCUGAGGAUAAAGAAUCAAAUAACGUUGUUGAUAAGUUGAACGAUGUCGUUCACAGCAUCGUUCAAGCGCGGGAGAAAUUGCGCUCCGUAAGAUCUUUGGACCUCAAUGAAGCCAUGAGAGCAGAGGAUCCUUUAAAGUUUGCUUCAGAAGUCGCCCAGAUGAUACAUUCUUAUACCACACGCCUUGCUGUCGCUGCUCGUCCGCCGAUUACGGAAGACGCCUUGUAUAAAUACACUGAAGACAUGGCGAACAUCGUCGCUCCUCUUGUUGUGUGCGUUGAAGCUGUAUCCGAAUCUGUCUAUGGACACUAUAUGCACAACAAAGUUGCUCAAUAUGCCGAACGCAUUCUACUCGGUAUGGAAGCCUUCCUUCGUAGCGUCUCUCCUUGCGAGCUUGGUCAUAUAACGGAGGAAUGGAAAGUUCGUGGGCGACUUGUUUCAACCGGUAUGUUGUGGGAAUCAUGCGAACGAAUGACGGCCUUGGGACAGGGUUUGGUCACCGCUCUUCAAAGUGAGUGGAAAGAGAUGGAGAGUCUGUUAGAAGAUGCGUCUAGCGACUUACAAGACUGGAUUGAUGGUGAGGAUGAAGAUGACUGGGAUCUUUUGGAUAGUGAUAGCGAAAGUGAGAAUGAACAGGACAAGAAGGAUACUUCAGCUCCUGAAGAAUCCCCUCGCACAACGAAACAGCUCGAGCUUGGAAAACUCGUGCAGAACGCCAUUUCGUCUUGCAGAAUUUUGUUCAAGGCUACUGGAAAGCGGCGACUCGUUGAGUCAUCUGAACCAAAAUACCUGGAUUCACUGUAUGAGGCUGCUCAAGGCGUUUCGUCCACAGCCGAUUAUCUUGUCGCUCAAAUUCAAAUGGACAGUGAUGAUACUGACACCCAAAUGAUUGAUUUCGACAAGUCUGCUCGGAAGCUGGCACAAGUUGCUGCUGAAAAGGAAGAUACCUUCCAGAAAUGGUUUCUGGAUUGGAUCAAAAAUUGGGAAACAAAGGUUACUGAAAAGGUCAGUAAAUAAUGUAUUAAAUAGCAAACCAAACUGUGCAACAAA